AUGUCUCAGCUAGGCGAUGACGAACUAACCCUAAUCCUCAAUUGGGUCACCGACCCAAAAGACAGACAAUCGUUCUCCGAGGUCUGCAAGCAAUGGCUGAGAGUGGAGGGCCUGAACCGAUCCUCAAUUCGUCUUCUCGAACCCGAACAUCUCCUCCGAGUCCUACCCAGAUUCCCAAAUUUACUCCAAUUCGAAGCAUCAAAGUCCAUCGCCGACUCCGACCUCGAACUCAUAGCUCGAUUCUGUCCCAAAAUCGAAGUCAUCGACCUCAAUUCGAAAACCCCACGUAAGAUUUCUGACAAAUUUGACGAAGCAUUGUUGUUUGAUGAUUUUGGGAACGACGGUCUGUGCGCUCUGGCACAAGGGUGUCCGAAAUUGCGUAAGGUUUCGAUCAGAAGGAGGAAGAAUGUUGGGAAUUUUGGGAUCGUUUCGCUUGUGGAUUUAUCGCAUAAUUUGACGUAUUUGGAUUUAGGGUUUUGCAGCUUGGUUUCGGACCCAACCCUAGAUGCAAUUGGGUCUUCAAAUUCGAUUAUGGUUUUGGGUUUGCAAGGAUGUUCGUUGAUUACGGAUCGCGGGUUAAAGUUUUUGGCAAAUGGGUCUUGCUCAAAAACCAUGAAAAGGUUGAAUCUUGCAGGGUGUGAUAGAAUCACUGAUUUUGGGGUCUCCAAUUUGCAGAAUAUGUGUGGCUUGGUGGAGCUGAAUUUGGCGGAAUGUGGUCCGAAAAUCACUGACUCCGGAGUUGUUUCAAUUGCUGCAAUUCGAUCUCUUAAAAGAUUGAACCUGUCUUGGUUGAUCAAUGUGACAAAUCAGACAGUUGUUGCUCUUGCUGAGAAUUGCCGGAAGUUGGAGAUGCUGGAUUUAACCGGUUGUGAAUUGGUAAGCGGUGAGGGCAUUCUUGCAUUUUCGAGUCAUGUGUGCUUAGAGACAAUUGUUUUCUGUUCUUGCUUCAAUGUCAGUGUGUGUGACAUUGAAAACUUAGUUCUUCGAUGCUCGUCAUUGAAGUGCAUUGUGCUGGAUAAAGGACUGAGAACGUGGAUGCAAGAAAGGAUUGGCUUUAGUUUGGCGUUGAGAAAUGGAUGCAGCUUACAUCUCUUCUGCUCCUGUGCUCCAUGUGUUUGGAAACCUUGCUUAUUGACUGUUUGGUGUAAAAGGUUAAGAGAGCUUCUUCGUCAUAGUAGAAGUGUUUUUUUGGGAGAAGCACCUGUCAGACUUAUUCUUGCAUGUCAUGUUUCGCUGAAAUUACAUGUUUACUUGGAUUAUGAGAAGGAUUCUGUAUAG